AUGAAUGCUGCUUCCCUUGAUAUUUUGGGUGCUGCUUCUGCAAUCGCAGCUCAUGCCGAUGGUAGCACGAGAUCUCGACAGGCAUAUCCAGGAAGGUUAUUUUUGGGAGGGUACAGGAAUACUAAUCCAUCACGAGGUGAUGACACCACUGUUGAAAGGUCUUGCAGUUUUGAUGCGAUUGGGAAUGAAAGAGAAACAGUUGCUGCUGAUGUUUUAGCAGGUAUAUGUGGCUCGCUGUCAUCUGAGGCUGUGAGUUCUUGCAUCACUAGUUCUAUUGAUCCUGGUGAGGGUUACCGAGAAUGGAAGUGCCAGAAAGUGGAUUCGCUAGCGAGGCGACCUUUGACGCCUGAUGUUAUGCAGAAUGUUGAUGAUGAGACUUGCUCAGAGGAAAGUUGUGGAGAAAUGGAUCCUUCUGACUGGACAGAUGCAGAGAAGUCUAGCUUUAUACAGGCAGUGUCAUCCUAUGGCAAGGAUUUUGCUAUGAUCUCACGAUGUGUUCGAACAAGGUCCCAACAUCAAUGCAAGGUUUUCUUUAGUAAAGCUCGAAAGUGCCUUGGGCUUGAUUUGGUACAUCCUGUGGCUGGAAAUGGAACAUCUGUUGGUGACGAUGUUAAUGGAGGUGGGAGUGAUACUGAAGAUGCCUGUGUUCUGGAAACUGGUUCAGGUAUUUCCAGUGAUAAGUCAGGGUGUAGAAUGAAUGAGGACAUGCCGUUGUCUGUCAUUAACAUGGAUGAUGAAUCUGAUCCUGCAGAGACCAUGAAUUUGCAAACAGGUCCACUUAGAUCAGAGGAAAACAAUGUAAUGGGACAAUUAGAUCAUGAAGGUGGUCAGACACUCAAAUCUCUGGCGUCUGAUGCAUUAGAGGCGGAGGAUAGGCCUAAUCUAGUUUUGGACGAUGCCGAUUGUGUAAGAGAUGCCCAGAAAAGUCGAGUAUUCUCUGCAGAUGCUCUGAAAGAUGAUGUGGCUGAAAAGGGAAUAUUAAUUGCAGAAUCAGAACCUGUUGGUGGGGGAAUCAACUUUGACCCACCUAAUCCUGACAUGGAUGGGGAAAAAUUGAUGGGUGAACUUUCUUCUGAUGGCAAUACAGAUACAAGCAGAUGCAGCCUACCAGGUUCAGUACACGAUUCUAAUUCAAGUGGCAAUGCUUCUGCCCUGGCUGGUGGUGGUUCUUGUUCAGGUUUCAGUCUUGACCCCGAGUGCUUGCCUCAAGUUUCUGUGGGGCUGAAUUCUAUGCAAAAGCCUUCUGUCAUCUCAAUGCUACAUGAGAAUCGUCAUGCUCCUGCAGAUUCUGUGUCACAAGAUUCUGCUAAAAUUGAAUGCGAGAAAGCCUUUAACCAAGAUAGGUUGUCGUCAACCCUGGAUCUACAGGAGGGUAGAGAGCCUAAAUCUGUUGGGAUAGAUGAGUGUCACCAGCACUUACCCGGUCUUCCAAUAUAUACAAAUGUUGAAUCCUCCCAGGUUCUCAAGGGCUAUCCAUUGCAAAUGGCAACCAAGAAAGAUACUAAUGGGGAUGUAACGUCCGGUAAUUUAUCUGAAGUUCAAAACUUUUCAAAGCCAGACAGGAAGAUCAAUGGUCAUUAUAUGACGAAAGAUGGCUUUCUUCAAUUUGGUAACUGUAAGCCGCAAUGUUCAGAGGUUGAUUUUCCCCUUGCUCCCCAAAAGGUAGAACAACCAGUUGGCCCUCCAAAAGCCCAUUCAUGGAGUUCGUCAGAUUCAGAUAAACCAAGCAAGAAUGGUGAUGUGAAACUGUUUGGCAAAAUACUCAGCAAUCCAUCAUCCCUGUCCAAGUCAAGUUCCAACAUCCAUGGGAAUGAAGAAAAGGGAGCUCACAACCAUAAGUUAAGCAACAUGUCAUCUAACCUAAAAUUCACUGGGCAUCACAAUGCUGAUGGAAAUUCUUCUCUCCUGAAGUUUGAUUGUAAUAGUUAUCUGGGGAUUGAGAAGGUUCCCAGGAGGAGUUUUGGUUUUUGGGAAGGGAAUAAAGUGCAUUCUGGUUAUCCGUCUUUUUCUGAUUCAGCUAUCUUGCUGGCCAAGUACCCUGCAGCAUUUGGCAACUUUCCUACUACCUCUUCCAAAAUGGAACAGCAGCCAUUGCAGGCGGUUGUCAAGAACAAUGAUCGGAAUAUUAAUGGUGUAUCAGUUUUUCCUUCCAGGGAAAUUAGUGGCAGCAAUGGAGUUGUGGAUUACCCGGUUUUCAGUAGGAGUCGGGAUGGUGCUAAAGUGCCCCCAUUUACAGUAGAUGUGAAGCAGCAGCAGCGGCCAGAUGUAUUUGAUAUGCCAAGGCGAAAUGGGUUUGAUACAAUUUCGAGUUUACAGCAGCAAGGAAGGGGGAUUGUUGGGAUGAACGUAGUAGGGAGGGGAGGGAUCCUUGUAGGGGGUCCAUGUACUGGUGUUUCAGAUCCCGUUGCUGCCAUAAGAAUGCAUUAUGCAAAAACUGAACAGUAUGGGGGUCAGCCGGGGAGCAUGAUUAGAGAGGAAGAGUCCUGGAGAGGAGGUAAGGGUGAUGUAGGAAGGUAG